AUGGAGGAACGUAGAUUGAAAAAUACUCCCCGGGUGGGUUCUGGUUGUCCGGUGGACGCCAGAGAAUCCCACACCCCCUCUAACCAGGGGGUCUGCUGGACGUAUACGGGGCCGGCACAAGAUACGUUGAAGGGUAUGGAGGCCGCUACGGCGGCGAGUGGCAGUGAUGGCGCGUCUUCGCGCGAUGGUUCGAAACCGGUGCUCCUAACCGCGCCGGUGGCGGACAUACUUACGACGACUGAUAACCCGAGGCACACGGUUCGAUCGCCUGUUGUACAGCUGGAGCGGUUACAAGAUUCGGAUUUGGAAAAUGGUGGAUCACGGGCGGCGACGCCUACAUACACCAGUACCGGCUCUGGGUUCUUCCGGAGGCCCGGAAGCGGUAGCGACGAGAGUGGCGAUGAGUCCGCCGCCUCUCAUAACUUGGACUUGGACGACAGUGAGAGGGAGAGGACCCGGGCCACUUUCCGGCGCAAGAGGCGUGGAAGUGAGCUAGAGGACAGUCCUGAAAAGGACAGAGGAGCAGCUCUGAAGCCCUCCUCGAAAAGAGGAAGAGGUAGACCGCCCACCACAGGGCAGUAUGUCGGUCUAUCCAAGACAAAGCAGGAGUACCUUGAGCUCCAACAGAAGGAGAUACAGAUUGAGUCGGAGAAGGAAGUUCUGGAGAUGACAAAGAGGUUACCGGACCUACGGUCUCACCGGCUGUCGGAAACCUCUCUCUCUGACUGUACAAUGGCGGAAGACGACGUGGUCACGGUGGCGAAGCUGGGUUCAGCUAUAAGUCAGAGCUUGGACACCAUCUCUGCUGUGACCAAGAAGUCGAAAAAUCUGAAAGGAACCUCGAUUGCCGCCUUGAAAAAGGCGACCUUAACGAUACAGGAGGCGUGGUCCGCACUCCUCGUCAGGUCAACAUCGGAGGAAACGAGAGCCCUGGUAGAGGCGAACACGCGACUCACCAGAGAGCUCGAUUAUAUGAAGAAAGAGUUAGAAGCCGUCAAGCGCAAGCUGGCUGACGCUCAACCACAGCCCGCUCCCAUUCCUAAGGAGCUGGAUGUGGAAGAGCUCUUACAGCGAGCGGUGCGCGAGGCGGUCUCAGUGACCAGCGCCCGGCUAGACGCACGAAUUGAGGGUCUCGAGGCCCGCCUCCUUCCGGAGCCACGCCUGAGGCCUCCUCUAGCCGCGGACAAAAAACGUGACGAGGCUCGAAACGCAGUAACACCCGCGUCUAAGGUCAAAGAGAGGACUCCAGAGCCGGAGCCCACGGUGUCGACAUUGUCACCUCCUCUCAAUCCCGGACCGGCUCUGAAAGAGAAAAGAAAAAGAAUUAAGAAGUCGGCCGCAGCCGUGGAAGCGGCAGCCGCUAGGCGCGAUGCUGACCCACCUACGACGGCGAAGGGACCAAAUCCGGCCGAACAAUGGUCGGAAGUGGUCAAAAGAGGAGGAAAGAAGCAAAGUAAAGCAGAAGGAAAGAAGGUGGAGCCCAAGAAUGGGCAGAAAAAGAGGAAGAGGAAAAAGAGAGGUGGUCUCCGCGCUCCGAAGACAGCUGCGGUAGUUGUUACGCUACUGCCGGACGCGGAGAAGAGGGGUGUGACGUAUAAGUCCAUCAUGGACAAAGCCAAGCAGCACGUCGACAUCACCACCCUCGAUAUCCCGGCGGUGAAGUUUAAACAGGCCGUGACCGGGGCCCGCAUGUACGAGGUCUCGGGAACGGCCUGCAAGGAGAAGGCCGACGCCCUCGCGGGCAAAUUAAAGGAAGUACUCGGUGAGGAGGACGUCCGCGUGUCUAGGCCGCAGAAGUGCGCCGAGCUGCGCAUCACCGGCAUGGACGACUCCGCCACUACGACAGAGAUCGCCGCGGCCGUCGCAAGAUGUGGUGGCUGCGCGGCUGAAGAGGUGAAAGUCGGAGAAAUUCGGGUCGAUCGGAGUGGCCGCGGCUCGGCUUGGGUAAAGUGUCCGGUCGAGGCCGCGAAGAGCUUCACAGCACCAAAUGCCAAGCUCUACGUCGGGUGGACCGUGGUGCGCGUGACACUCCUGUCGACGCGCACCAUGCGGUGCUAUAAAUGUCACGAGGCGGGACAUACCAGAGCGAAGUGCCCCUCGGAAGUCGAACGUGGAGACCUCUGUUUUCGGUGUGGCCAGCCCGGCCACGCGGUCAAAGAUUGCGGCAACCCACCUCACUGCGCGGCUUGUACGGCGAACGGUAGGAAGGCGGACCACGUCGUAGGGAGCAAACCCUGCAAGAUACCGCCGAAGAAGGGAAAGGGCUCCAAUAAGAGUCAAACGCCCAAGGCUGCCACACCAUCUACGGCAGCCUCUGGAGCGGGAGCGGCCCCUAUGGACGCCCAAUAA